AACCUAACACUUUUAUAAAUGUCAAUAUUAUCAAAUUUUUGGCGGUAGAAUGGAAACAAUUACGCGAUGUAAUAAAUAAUAUAAAAUUCAAAUUAUGAAAGACAUCAAAGAUUAUUUUUCAAGCCCACCAAAGAAAAAAGACGUUAACUCUGAAGACUCAGUGGUACCAGUUAUAGAAGUAGAGCCAGAGUCUGACAAAAAUGGUGAUACAAGUAGAAAGAAACGUAGGAAAAAAAAGAAACGUAAAGUCUCCGAUCCAGCAGUUCGAGACGUAACGGAGUUAUUGUCGGAAAAUCUAAAGUUUUCUCCGAAUAAUAGUGGACACACGAAAAGGGCCUCCGGAAAUGGGAGCUUUAUAAAAGCCUUAGUCCAAGAAACUUCAAACAGCUCAGAUUCUCCCACGAAGAUGAAAGAAAAUAAGCCAGAUAAUUGUAGAAAUGGGUUAAUAAAAGAGAGUAAAUUGAAGAAUAUUAGUAAUAAACCUACUUCAGCUGUAAAAUUGAAUUUAGAAGGAAAUAAUAAUGAGAAGAAAACUUUAGAAGUAGAUGUACAAGAAACAUCUGAUGACCUAAAUAGUGCACAAAAGAGCAAUAAAGUUAACGCUUUUCAAUUCUUGAUGGAUAGAAGGAACAAAAGUAUAGGACUGAACUCACCAGGCAAAGAACUGGAUAAAGAUUUUUCAGUAGAAGAGCAAGAAAACAAAGAAAAAUUAGCUGCACGAAGAGAUUUGUUUAUGAAUUGGUCAGAACAAAAAGGUAGCGCAAAAAGAAAGAGACUAGAAGAAGAAAAAGAUGAAAUAAUUGAUAAAAAGUUGAGAGUCAGAGCAAAGAGGUUAAAGAAACUUUUGAAAGUUGAGGGUGAGGAAUUUGAGAAAAGCGAAAAAGUCCCUAGGAGGAAAAGAGUAGCUAAAAUAGAAAGCAGUAGUGAAGAUUCUGAUUUUGAAGUAGUGAAGGUCAAACAAGAUAUAACUGAAGAUCAAUCUUCAAAAAAAGAAAAAAAUCGUAUUAAUAAAGAAGUGAAAGAGGAUAAAAAAGUGGAGAUAAAGAAAAAAAGAGGAAGGCCUAGGAAAAAUGAAGAUAAAAAUUUACCAAAAGAAGCCAAUGAUGAAAUAAAUAAAACAAAAAAGCAUAUUAAAGAUUGUAAAGUAGAUGAUAAGAGUAUAGAGAAAAGUCCUAAGGAUAAUUAUACAAAAGAAGACAAUAAAGACAACCAAAAAGAAAAAAAUACAGCAAAUUUAAAAGUUGAAAUAAACAAUAAGCUUAAAAAAGCUGUUAAAACUAAAGCUGGUAGCAUGUUAGCAUUUAUAACUACUGAUAAAGUCAGAGAUGUUGAUGUAGAGGCUGAAAUUAUUAAUGAAACUGUUGAAAAUAAAACAAAUCUAGAGGAAAAUAUUACUAGAAAAAAAAGAAAAUAUAUGAAAAAAUCAAAAAGGAAAAAGAGUAAAUCUAAUUCAAAAGUUAUUGCUUUGGAUGAUUCAAGUAGGGACACAGUUAUUUUUACAAAGGUAUCAAAAGAGACAGAUCAUUUGGAGGUAGAAUCAAGUACCGGUGGUAUAGUCACGUGUACAAGGCGAUCAAGUAGACUGAAAAUACAGGAAGACAAAAAUGAAAACGAAAAGUCAACUAGAAAUAGCAAAGUGAUGGAUUAUGCUGAAAAUUCUACUUCUGAAGAAUCAGACACAGUUGAAAUUUUGGCUCUGAGUGCUGACGAGAAGAAACAAAACGUGCCGAAGAAGAAUGUAAAACUCGCUCCCAUAUUCUGCAAAGCUAUACCCAAGCCUAAGGAAGAUCCGGCAGUUGUUGAAGCUAGGAAGCAAUUUUUGUUGAGUGGAUUACCAUCCGAGCUGAAAAAAACAAUCGAAAAACAAAAUAGCAUCAUUGAGCAACAGAACACCUUCCCAAUAACCCAGCAUAUUCAACAAAGAUGUGACAGUGCUUUUUGGGCUUUGCCUCAUUCUGAAUUGCAGUUAGUCGAAGUGUCACCUUUAGCAGUAGACUACAACAUCAGAUGUGAGCAACUGACAAAGAGCAACAUCAUAAGAAGUAUAAAUAUCGACACUGAAAUGAAAAAAGUAGAUAAGUUGAAGGUGUUGCUCAAUAAAAUCAAGGCGGAAAAUCCCAACUAUCCAGUAUACAAGUCGUUUAGACAGAUUCAUGAGAAAAGUGGACGGAAACUGGAUAUAACAGAAGACGACACCAAAACUCACGAAAGAAAGCGAAAACGGAACAAAAAGAAGAAAGAAAAAGAAGUAAAUCAAACUGUAGAAGUUUUGGAUCAGAAAACUGACACAGAGUCUGUUGAGUAUAGCAUGUGGACCGAAAAAUACAAGCCUAAGUGUUCCAAUGACAUCAUUGGAAAUGCGCUGGCAGUCAAAAGCUUGAAAAUAUGGCUGGAAGAUUGGAAGCAAUUUAGUCAAGAAAUAAAUUCGAAAAAGAGACGGCGAAGCUCUACCAGCGAAUCAGAGUUUGAGAAGACCGAUAGUGACAGUAGAGAGAGUUCCAAUUUACCUGGAAAAAUAAUCGUUCUAUCAGGACCGUGCGGAAGCGGGAAAACUACCACUGUGUAUGCUCUAUGUAACGAACUAGGAUUCAAUGUCAUCGAACUCAAUGCAUCUAGCAAGAGAACAGGAAAACGACUACUACAAGAACUUCAAGAGGCCACGCAAUCCCACCAAGUGCGAAACAAAGAAUCGCAGUUGUUCCAAACAUUCUUCAAGUCAAACUCCCAGACAGAAAAAAAGUCAAACUCCCAGACAGAAAAGCCCGAAAACUCCUCGAAGAAAAUGUGCGUCCUUCUCAUAGAAGAUGUCGAUGUUGUUUUUGAGCAUGACGACGGCUUUAUCAGCGCUCUCUUACAGCUGUCGACUACAAGUAAGAGGCCUAUUAUAGCGACCACCACCGACUACACUUCUUUUAUUGUACAGAAGUUCUUAGGGAUAUACGAGUACAUUGAGUUCGUGCCUUUAUCUUCGUUCUUGCUGUCGACGUGGCUUCAGAUCGUGUUUUUGGUUGAAGGGUUGUACGUUUCACAAGACGAAAUAGGUAGUUUGUUGGAAUACUACAAGGGAGACGUCAGAAAAACGCUACUGCAGUUCCAAUUUUGGGUCCAAUCCGGAGGCCAACUACAACGAAAUCCUCCUCUGAUCAAGUUGGAGUAUAAAAAAACUCCUAGUGACGAACAGCUGGAUGAAGAUGAAAAAACUGGUGCUGCCGAUGAGGAGAAAUGUACAGAAGACGACGUUUUCGAACACAAACAAUGUUUGGAAAGUUUUGAGAUAUUAGAGCGGGACGAAUCGUUUAGAGUACCGUUUUAUUUGAACUUGGGACUGUUGUGGUGGAAUUUGCCGAGUAUUUUGAAUAUACCAGACGUUUCUGUACAAAGAAUUCACUAUGAACAAAACGACGAUCUUGCAAAAGAAGAAACAGGCAAGGAUUUAAAACAAAAAACUAUAAAACAAAUCGAAUCAAUUGGAAAAGUAUAUGAUGCGUUGUCUCACGUAGAUGUGACAUUUAGGAAAAAUAGUUUUUUCAGUCCCGAACCUUUAAAAAGGUUUAGUCUUGAUGUUAAAGACAGUUUAGAACUGUCAGAGACUCUAAAUAGUUAUAGUGACUUGGAGUUUGUACACGAACUAACGCAUUCUUUUGUAAAUGGAUGUAUCAGCCAUUGUGGAACCGUUAACCGCGAAAGUUGCGGACUGAACGUGACAAUGCCGGAUAAAAUCGAAAGAAGAUGGCGAACAAAAAUUGAUAAAUGCGAAGACGCCUUCAACGAAGCGUUACCAAUGACGACUGAUCGAAGGGCUGCAGCCCUAGACUACAUGCCCGCAUUGCGAAAUAUCACGAGGUCAGAGUCUGUGCGGGCUGCGAACAAUACAAAAAGAGGAAACCGUUUUAGGUAUUACUUAAGGGAUGUAGGGAUCAAAUAUAAUGACGGUAUAAUUAAAAGCGCAUGCGAAAUACUGAACAGUGUGGAAUAGCUUUUUUGCAUAUAUUUUUACAUAUAUAAUAGAAUUAUUUAUUAAGAAGCAAAUUGUGUAGGCAAUUGUGUAUAAAUAAAAAUCAUUUUUAUCAAUUUUUUA